AUGUCCGCCUCGGGGAUGGAGGAGCGACAGGACGUCGAGUGGGCCGCUUUUCGCGCCGCACGGGACCGUCGCCGGGAACAGGCGCGACUUGCCGCCGCCCUCGCGGAACUCCGCCGCCGGGAGGGCCUUCACCGCAAGUACGACGAGGCGAGCAAAGCGCACGAGGAGGAGUUGGCGGCGUACACAGUGCGGGUGGAAUCGCAGGUGGCGCGGCAACCCAUGACACUCUCCACACGACUCACAAGUUUGCGCUCCACAGAGAGGAUUUUAAUGAGUACAGGCCAUUACGAAGAAGCCGCAGAGGCCCAUGCGAUGUUCAAUCUUCUUGAGCAAAGUGAACGGGAAGCUGCAGAAGAACGCAAGCGACAGAUAGUUGAGAAUAAACUGCUCGCUAAACAGCGCGAACUCAAUCGAAGGGAUCUUUCCUCCUACAGGAAGGUACUCAUAGCGCAGCAGCUGAAUAGCAUGCAUGAAGAUGCAAAGAUACGUACCGUGGAGAAAAAUCUUCAACACAAGGCGACUGAAAUGGCGAUGACACAUUACGAUCAACGACGAGCUUUGAAUCUGCCAUUCUUGGUUCCGCGUGUAUUCGACAAGACAAAUCAGCUCAAGGCUGCUCGUGGAACUCAGCUUAAGAAGUUGGUGAAUGGGGACCACUACUAUGUUCCCUCACUGUGCAGCGUGUAUGAGGGAUUUCUUGGGCAGGUGUAG